AUGACACAAAUCAUCACUGAUGCUUUGCGUUCGAGCGUUCCGCCGGCUGCACCCAAAAACCAGCGGGUAUGCCGUCACUUCGCUCGUGGUCGCUGCACGUGGGGAUCAUCAUGCCGCUUCUCUCAUGACGUUGAGCGAUCCCCAGUGGAUGAUGCCCAGAUAAACCAGACCUUCAUCGGACUUCAACAGCAGCAAUUGCAGAAGGAGCGUCACGCCAUACUAAAGGCAGCCCUGGAUGGUGAAUUCGAAAUAAAGCCCUACAACGUUGUCGAUGGUACUCAGCGGUACAUAGUUCAGCUCCGCAUUUCGACAUCCCCGAUUCCCAUCUCAAGGCUAUUCACAGAGGAAGCACUCCCGCAGAAGCUUGUAGAGCUAGAGAUGAACGAACAAGUUCGUAUCGGUGGUCUUCUUUUCCUCGUUGGGGAACCCGAGGUGUUUUGGUCCAUGAUGCAGAUCUACUGCCUGCGCCGGACGACAACAAGCUCCAAGUGGGACACGUUGCUGGCAAACGCAAAACGUGGCUACGUGGAGUGCAUGUUCUUCCGCUCGGCGGUGGGCUGUCUGAGCGCGGAUUGCCCCUUCGCACAUAACACUGUCUCUGCCGUCGCUAUGGCGACACCGCUGCAGAACAUGGCCACCAACAACGCCCUCCUCACGCCGCUGCUUGGCUUCGGCAUGACUGCCACUCCUGCCACCCCAGUAUCAGCAGCAGGCACUGGAGCCGGCGCGAAAACGACUGGCCUACGUCCGCCGGCAGACCCCGCACGCCACGUCGCUGCGCCGUCGCUGGCAGUUGGCAAGAGCGCUGAGGACGCGGUGGUGUUCCGCGACCCGGUGUGGGGGACGUGCGCGAUCCCGGAGCUGAAGGCGGCGCCGGACCCGCAGGAGAGCACCACGGCGCUGUGGGGCGACGGUGGCGUGCGGGGGCUCGUGGAGACGCUCUGGUGA